UCCGGGAGGGGAGGGGAGAGGGGAGGGGCCCCUCCACGGCACGCGACGCCGUUUCCUAACGUCACUUCCGGGCGCCGCCAUAUACGUCAGUGCUGGGCGCGUACCGUGGCUGUGCGGUUUCUUCUUAAAGUUUGGUCUCAGUUGCCUUCUGAGAACUAUGGAAAGUGACUUUUAUCUACGUUACUACGUGGGUCACAAGGGCAAGUUCGGCCACGAGUUCCUGGAGUUUGAGUUCCGACCCGACGGGAAAUUGAGAUAUGCCAACAACAGCAAUUACAAAAAUGAUGUCAUGAUCAGAAAAGAGGCCUAUGUACAUAAAAGCGUGAUGGAGGAACUGAAGAGAAUAAUUGAUGACAGUGAAAUUACCAAAGAAGAUGAUGCUUUGUGGCCUCCACCUGACCGAGUGGGCCGGCAGGAGCUUGAAAUCGUCAUUGGAGAUGAACACAUUUCUUUCACAACAUCAAAAAUUGGUUCCCUUAUUGAUGUCAAUCAAUCCAAGGAUCCAGAAGGCUUACGAGUAUUUUAUUAUCUUGUCCAGGACCUGAAGUGUUUGGUCUUCAGUCUUAUUGGAUUACACUUCAAGAUUAAACCAAUCUAGGUUGAAUAUUGGUAUGGACAUGAGGGGGGUGGGAGUAGUUUUUAAUUACCUUUACCAGGAAAUUUUUGUGUAUAUCAGGGCAAUAUUUUUAUAAGCUAUAAAUGAUUGUCUUUAAUAAAUACAUGAUAAAAUCCAAUUUUUAUUAUUUUAUAAAGACCUGAACAUGUGAACUCAUUUCAGUUACUUUGUAUAAUAAAAUACUAACAUCUUAUGUGAAGUAUUGCCCCAAAAUGAAAUCUAAUCAACUUUCUAGAUAUAACUGCCAUUUUACAGGAAAUAAAAGAAUAUAGAAACAUGCUAAGAAAAAUACAAAUGGAAUCAAUCAGCAUUUCAGAAUCAAUCAGAAUUUCCAGAGGAAAUUCCAGAUCCAAUGUCCUGGUUUCUUCAAUACAUUGCAAGAGAAACAGAUGGAGGUGGAUGUACAAAGAAGAUUUAAGAGACAUAUUAAUCAAUAUGAUGUUUGCACCCUAUUUGGAUCAUGAUUCAAAAACGUAAAAUCAAUACCAUCAAGGAAGUUUAAA